AGCAAAAGAAAGUAAAGACUCAAGAUUUUUUAGGGUUUCCUUUUUUCUAGUAACUAACACUAAGUAAGCGGAGCCAGCAUUCGAGAUGUCGCGGACCAGAUCAAGCCACACGGCCUUGGCUGCGCUGUUGUUCUGCAGUGUCGCCCGACUACCGAUUGAUCUAACUUGCGCACUCUUGUUUACAUCUGCCGAGCGGCACAACUUUGGAUCUUCGGCCAUAGUAGUGGCGGACGUCACUUCAGAAGCGGAGGUUGAUUUCGAUAAGCAUGCCACAGCACAGGAUCAAUCCCAAUCCGCUCUGGCCGGAAGAGCCUCGUCCUUUUGGAGCUUCGAACAGGCGCUGGGACACUUGUACGAUGAAGCGGUCGACGCGCUCUCGGACGCAGAGGAGGUUUUUGCUGAGAAGUUGAAAACUCUGCAGCACACCAUCCAAGCGAAGUGGGCGGACGUGAAAGAACAUGCGGCCAAGUUUGCCUCCGAGAAACUGCUCCCGCUGGUAGAGAAGAGUGCCGAGUACUCCGCACAGAUGAAGCAGUUGUUCCAAGUCGCCCUGAAAUUCGGUCGCUUAGCCGAGGCCGGGUGGUUUGCUGUGCAGGAACUCGGCAUGAAUUUGGCCAAACUGCCGUCCGCUUUCUUCGAGUAUUUGGACUUGCAGUGCCGGUUUUUCGAAAAGACGCUGCCACCCCCGAAGUCCGCGAACGGGGAAAAGGUUGUCAGCUGGCGGCAGCGGAAGCAGGAUCUGUACCGGACGAUUGCCUACUCCGAUGCGGUCUACAAGGCGAGUGAAGAAGCGUUCCGGACGCGACUGCAGGACAACGCGGAGCAAAGUCGCGGGAGCGGGCCGCACUUCGCAUUCGGCUCCGGGUUUGACGCUACUUCCAAAAAUUCGGUCACGAUUCUCGCCGCCGACUACCAGUCGGAAAUGAAGGAACCGGCGUACAUCGUCGUCGCUGACAAAGACCGGAAAGCGCUCAUCCUCGCAAUUCGCGGGACCCAAGAUCUCGACGACGCCGCGACGGACUUGCGGUUUGCCACGGUGUCGGAGAAAUUUGCGGACACCUUCGAAUCCUGGUUUGGUGCGAACCUGUUGACGAAGCAGGAUCUGGAUGGCGAGAACUAUGGAUUGCAAAUAUGUCUGGGUCUGGAAUAGUGCAAGACUUGCCAUGCACAUUUUGCAUGACCCAUGAUGUCUGUGAUGCAUGCCCUAGCAUCACAGACUUUUUGAGGGCUUUCUGAUGCGUAUACUGCAUGACAAAUGCCCUCUCCGCGUAGCACAAAAUCGACUCCUCUUGCUGGUCAUGCAACACAGAUUUUUUUCGAAUCCGAAGACAGCAUCAGAAGUUGCAUCCUUCCAGACCCAGACAUAUUUGCACUCCAUAAGAACGCGCAUCCCGCGAUUUACGUCGCCGCAAAGACCCUGGCUGUGAUGCAUGCGAUUUACGUCGCCGCAGAUGUCUGUGAUGCAUGCCCUAGCAUCACAGACUUUUUGAGGGCUUUCUGAUGCGUAUACUGCAUGACAAAUGCCAUCAACCGCAGUAGAAGUCCUCGUGCGAGACUUCGUCCUCCGACACCUCCCCAGACCACGUUGUCUCACGUAGCAAAACGCAGCUCCUCCCCUCCUCCCGACGACCCGGAAUCUCGCCGUCGUGCCCUGGCGAAGCAGAUCGCGGAGUGGUGCCCAGGGUCGUAUACGUCUUAGUCCGAUCAUCCUGACCUACCGCUGUGGCCCACGUCUCUAAGGUGUACGUGGACACUCAUGGUAGCUGCCCGAUCUGUAGAUGGUGAAGGACUGUCCACACCACCAACCCCGCCUCUCCAGCCUACAACCGGUAAUCGGCGCCUGUUUUUCAUCUCAGCGGUUCUAUGGCAAAUCCGACAGCUCGAUUCCCCUCCGCCCGCCGAUAACCUCACGUCGCUUCAGCAGGGCCACCCGUCCCUCUGACUGAGCCGCGCCUUCACCCGCAUCUCGCGUGCUACGGGACCACCAUGCCCUCGUCUCGAAGACUGGCGUCCUGCUGUGUAACAACCCGUCAGUUCCCUGCAUUCCAGCGCCCACCAGCCAGUCCCAGUUUUGCAGUGGGGAGAAGCAUCAAGUAUCUUCCUUCCCAGAAACAGGCGCUCUAGCUCGUCGUUCCGUAAGCUCAUAAUCGGUUCCUCUUGGGUCGAGGCCUUUCCUCGGGGGUUGAUUUGGGCUUGGGGCGCCAGGCGUAUGGACGGCUUCGCAGCUACGUCGUGAUCGACAAACUGAGAUCGGCGAUAAUAGUUGUGUUGCUGGUCCUGUGCCAGUCGCGGGGCAUGUUCGGGUGUUCCGGGCCGUGCAAUGUGCACCCCUCGGACCCCGCACCCCCCCGGGCUUUAGUCGCGCAGUCUGUUAAGCAUGACAAAUGCCCUCUCCGCGUAGCACAAAAUCGACUCCUCUUGCUGGUCAUGCAACACAGAUUUUUUUCGAAUCCGAAGACAGCAUCAGAAGUUGCAUCCUUCCAGACCCAGAUAUUUUUGCAUUUUAUAAGAACGCGCAUCCCGCGAUUUACGUCGCCGCAAAGACCCUUAUUGCGCAGCAACCUGUCUCGGACUAGAGCAGUUGCUAGCAUGCUCCUGAGAUCAAUGAGAUCAGAGAUGUAGGAUCAAAGUACUAGCCUAGAGGGGUCACACGAGUAGGAUCAAAGUACUAGGAUCACUAGGACCACAUGGGUCACAUGGGUCACACAGGACAGCACACCACUAGAAUGGUGAUGAUGAUAAUCGUGCCAAUGGUAACAACGUACACACACAGUGCCAGAAUGGCUUCUGGUUUACGGGCCAGUAGCUGGAAGAAUAAAAAGCCCUUUCUCUCCGUAGUACCUACUAGGUAGGUGCUUAGAUAGUAACUCUGUUCUCUAUCUUCGGACAGCAUGCUAGUGAGCAUGCCUAGUCCCUGACGCUUGAGACGUCCACAGAGUUAUGAGCCCAACCAUUCCCCCAGUGGGAAAGGUAAGAACUACUAGCCCCCUUCCCCCGUAUAUGUCCCUGCACUAGAGCAGCGGACGAGCCACCCAUGCUCAGGGCUGUAGUCGCCUCCCUGUGUGGCUAUGCCGCACUUGGAGUGCCAGAGUAGCGCAAGGCGCUAGAAAGGGCAAAAGUCUCCUUGCUCAACAUCCGUCGACGACGCAUGUUGUAGCGAGUGCGAGACGUGAAAGUAGAAGUAAAAGAAGCAACACAACCAUGGUGGCGCAGCAGCGACCUCCAGAGUGUUGCAGUCGGCAGAUGUUGCUGCAGCGGUAGCUGCACGCAACUCCGGAAGACGCAGCACAAGUUGCAGCCAGAGCUUAGGCUGCAGCAGAAGCUCCUACAAGAAGUUGAGCUGGAUCAACCUCGCCAUACCGGUCACGUAUGACUGUUUCUCUUUCUGCUUGUAAAAAUCGAGUAAGCACAUUUUUGCUUGUCUUUGGUGAAUUGGCUUGGGUAGAAGAUGAUGCGCGAUCCCGAUGGAUCGCAGGUGCAAGCUUCUUGAUCUCCCGUUCUUAAUCUGCUUGCAGGGUCUCUAAUUGGAGAAGAUCUUCUGGGGAUCUGAAACACAUACGUCAACGACAGGGGCAAAUGAAGGGACGUGGUAUAGUAGCUUCGAAAUACAUCAUGAAAACACCACCCCGGAUGCCCCUGAGGACCUCAAAUCUUUCCAAAAAAGAAAAAGAUAGAAGUGGAGGCUUGCGCGUAAGGUGAAAGUAAGGUAAAAAAAAACAGAAGAAGUAUAUUUAUAAGUACAUUUUAGAAGGAAGGUGAACUUCAAGAUUUAAAGUUUUCCCCUAAGACAAAUGGCCCUGCGGAAGAAAGACAAGUGAAAGCUGUCAUAUGUCUUAUGUUUGCAUUGAUUCUCUGGAUGGCGAGAACGCGCAUCCCGCGAUUUACGUCGCCGCAAAGACCCUGCGAUUUACAUCGCCGCAAUCCGAAGAAGAGGUUCGCAAGUACAGCGAAAAAAUGCCGUGGGCGAAUAUUAACGUCGCUGCCACUUGGAAAAUACACAACGCCAGCAAGAAGUAGUGAGCCACAUGGUCGGGGGGCGCGGUUCCGGGUGUGUAGCCGUCCUAUGUCUUCCUCUCCGGACGACCCAAGUAGGGCUUCGCUCUUUACUAUGAUCAUCGUAUGUGCAGCGUGAAGAUGAUGCUACUUUAGCUCUUCCCUUUUGAGUAGACUGUAAUAUUGCCGCUUCUUAUGUCUUCAUUCAUAUGGACGCACUUUUAUUACGAUGUUCUUUGCCAGGUGCGUUUGAGGCUGCAAUCGGUAGGUGUCGUCGCCUCGCCCUGUGCGUGGGGUGGGCUAGGUUUCCCAAAUUCAUCUCCAUUGCGCGUAGCUUAUGUAGGGUUCUUUGGGUGCGUCGUUGCGUUUCGACUCCGUUUGGGGUGAGUCCACCACGCUUGGUUAGGGCUCUUGCACACCUCCGAUUCGGUAGAGGAGAUCACCCAAAGACGAUCAUCCAUAGAUGGUCUAUCUGUUGCUUGGUCAAAUGCAAAUAUGUCUGGGUCUGGAAGAGUGUAAACUUGUCAUGCAGGUUUCCCAUGACCCAUGAGGUCUGAAAUGCGGGACCUAGCAUGACAGAGUCUGUGAGGUCUCUGCCAUCGCCAUGCCUAUCCUGCAUGAGAAACCCCCUCCACACUUGGGAAAAAGAUCGGCAAAACGUGUCUGAAAGGGACACGCCGUUGGGUUGCCCGCCAUCGUGAUAGGAUCACCGUGUCUGAUCAUUAGACCCCCAGUAUACUUUUUAGCGCGCAACCGGCCACGCACGUAGUUCUUCGAGCAAGUUUGUAAGACUAACCCAUCAAGGCAAUACUGGAACUCCACCUUGCUCGCGGGCUUGGAUGGUAAGGCAGGUCAGCCACACAUAGCGCCCACUGGUUGUAGUCAUGCGUAAGCAAUCGAUAGCGGUUUAGCAGGUGCAGCCGGGUGGUAGUUAGGAAGUGGGCCGAGUCUCCACCUAGGGGUAUCGGCAGAGGCUAAAUCUGUUCUAACGCCCAGGUAUUGGCAGAGGCUAAAUCUGUUCUAACGCCGACCCGCCAGGAGUUAAAUGGUACUACUACUACUACUUCACUUGGUCGAAAUUGGACAGCUUUUGGUACUCAUGCAGCACAGAUUUCUGCAUGAUUCGGAUUUAGCAUGGCAGGUUGCAAUCUUCGAGGCCCAGACAUAUUUGCACUCCAUAAGAACGCGCAUCCCGCGAUUUACGUCGCCGCAAAGACCUAUGGAAGCUUCAGGAUUGAAAUCGUCAAAGUUGAAAUGAUUUGUGAUGCAUAAAACGGAUACCAGUUAGACCUACAGUUUGUAGUCGGUGCGUGACAAAUUUUCCCGGUCCUGGAAGCGAGUCUGUCAUGCGGUUUAGGGCAAAAGAGCUGCCUUCUGUCAUCCUAGUCAGCAGUCCAACUUUUGACCCUUGCCAGGACUAUACUCUGCCUCCCGUGCGUCCUCUGCAAUAGAGUCAAUUUCUGUGUCGCAUUUUAUGCAUGGCAAAUCAUUUCAACUUUGACGAUUUCAAUCCUGACACUCCCAUAAGACCCUGGCGGACAAAGCGUCCGAGCCGGUGCGCAAGUUUUUACAAGAAGGGGACAACGCCGAGACUUUCAACACCGUCAUCGUCACGGGCCACUCGCUCGGGGCCGCGACAGCGACGUGGGUGUACAAGCUGUGGAGUGAUAGUGUGGAAUUUGGUCCAAAUAUCACCGUGCUGGGGUAUGCACACGCGAUUCCCGGCGUCGUGGACGGAAACACACACUUCCCCUUUGACACUUUUCUCGGCACGGUGGCGGGCGACGACGCCGUGCCGCGGCUGAACUCCCCGCAACGCGUCGCCUACGUGAUGGCAAAGGAGCUGGCAGUGCUGUUGCGCAUCAAGAGGGAGCGCGGGGACGAUGACAUCCAGGAGACAGCGCAGAAGAAAUCAUUGUGGCUCGAUAUCCAGAAAGCGCAGAAAAAGUUUUUUCACAAAAAAACCUGGCGCCCGGCCGGAGAAAGCGUGCUGUAUUUGCCGAACGAAGCGGAAGACAAGCCGGAAUGCGUGCAAGAAGGAGGUGGUAAUAGUAGUACCCGACCUCCCCGACAGAUCUACAUCCUCACCUCGCCGGAAGCGUUUGACGAGUUGGAGUUUUCUGCGACCAUGCUAACAGCGCACAAAGCGAGCAAUUACUUGAAGAAAUUGCUGCUCGUGCUGGCACCGGUGGACGGUAAACCACAAGCGACAUCAAACGUUGUCGCGCCUAACGCUUUUCUGCUCGUGGAUGACGGCGAAGCACAUGCGGAAAAAGUGUCUGCGGACACGCCUGCGUCGUUGCGGGGUUCGCGUUGAACGGUAGUAGGAAACGGUGCAAGUAGAUGAAAAAAUGUGUAGCAAUCUGCAGGAUGUUGAUCAAGAAGUUUAAGGACCACAGAAAAAAGGGCUCAUCACAGGGGUCUCGGUCUCGUCGUCAGUUUCAAUUCAUGGUCUUCUUGGUGACUUCUUCAAAAGACAGUUUGUAACUUGUUGAGUAUCCCAGCAGUUAUUGAGCAUCCCGGUAUUAUUGUAAGAUUCAAGAAAGCAUCAAACGCGAAAUCUGGACUUGAAGGCACUUAUCACUUGGGAACCUCAACCUCUGAGGCGAGAGAAGUGUGUACUAGUCACACGAAUUAAUAGCGCGGUUGUCUGAUUGUUGACCGCGCAGGAGGUCUGCCUGUUCGUCUUGUUGCGGUGGAUGGAG